AUGCAGGAUGAAGAUGGAUAUAUCACCUUAAAUAUUAAAACUCGAAAGCCGGGUCUCACCUCAGUCGACCCUGCUUCCUCAUCUUUGUGGCGUGUGAUAGCUUUGAUUUUGCUGAUCUUGUGCAUCGGGCUGGUUGUUGGGUUGGUGGCUCUGGGGAUUAUGUUUGUCAUACAGCAAAACUACCUACAAGUCAAGAAUAAAAAUAUCUCAGAAACUCUGCAACAAUUAGCCAACCAGCUCUGUCAAGAUUUAAUAAAACAUUCAGAACAAAAGGAUAACUUUAACCAUAAGUGCAGCCCAUGUGACACCAAUUGGAGAUAUUAUGGAGAUAGUUGCUAUGGAUUUUUCAGGCACAACUUAACUUGGGAAGAGAGUAAGCAGUACUGUACCAACAUAAAUGCUACUCUACUGAAGAUUGCCAGCCAGAACAUUCUGGAAUAUAUCAAAUCCAGGACUGGAUUAAUUCGUUGGGUUGGAUUGUCCCGCCAGAACUCAAAUGAGAUCUGGACAUGGGAAGAUGGCUCAGUUCCCCCCCAAGAUAUGUUUGCGCUUUCUGGAAAUGGAAGAGAAAAUAUGAAUUGUGCUUAUUUUCAUAAUGGGAAAAUUUACCCUACCUUCUGUAAGAACAAACAUUAUUUAAUGUGUGAGAGAAAGGCAGGGAUGGCAAAGGUAGAUGAAUUGCUUUAAA